AGGGGACGGACAGGACGGCGCAGAGAAGGGCCGAGGGCAGGCGGAGACAUGGCGACGGGUGCAGAUGUACGGGACAUCCUGGAGCUGGGAGGUGUAGAGUCGGAGAACACGGGCACCAUCAACAAAAAGGAUAUCAUCAACUCGGAUAAGAAAAAAUCCAAGAAAUCUUCAGAGACAUUGACGUUUAAGAGGCCAGAAGGAAUGCACCGAGAAGUUUAUGCACUUCUCUAUUCUGAUAAAAAGGAUGCACCUCCACUGCUGCCAAGUGAUACAACUCAGGGUUAUCGAACGGUCAAAGCAAAACUGGGGUCCAAGAAAGUUCGGCCUUGGAAGUGGAUGCCUUUCACCAACCCAGCAAGAAAAGAUGGAGCAAUGUUCUACCACUGGAGGAGAGCAGCAGAGGAAGGAAAGGACUACCCUUUUGCCAGGUUCAAUAAAACAGUGCAGGUACCUGUCUACUCAGAGCAGGAGUACCAGAUGUAUCUCCACGAUGAUGCAUGGACCAAAGCCGAAACAGACCACCUCUUUGACCUGGCUCGGCGUUUUGAUCUGCGCUUUGUGGUGAUUCACGACCGCUAUGAUCACCAGCAGUUCAAGAAAAGAUCGGUGGAGGACCUGAAGGAACGAUAUUAUCACAUUUGUGCCAAGCUGGCUAAUAUUCGUGCAGCUCCGGGCACAGACCUGAAAAUCCCAGUCUUUGAUGCCGGCCAUGAGAGACGAAGGAAGGAACAGCUGGAAAGGCUUUACAAUAGGACACCAGAGCAGGUGGCAGAAGAAGAAUACCUCAUCCAGGAGCUUCGUAAAAUUGAAACCAGGAAGAAAGAGAGAGAAAAGAGAACCCAAGACCUGCAGAAGCUCAUCACAGCCGCUGACACCACCACUGAGCAGAGACGUGCUGAGCGCAAGGCUCCCAAGAAGAAGCUGCCACAGAAGAAGGAGACAGAGAAGCCUGCUGUUCCUGAGACUGCUGGCAUCAAGUUUCCUGACUUCAAAUCUGCAGGUGUCACGCUGCGAAGCCAGAGGAUGAAACUGCCAAGCUCGGUGGGACAGAAGAAGAUUAAAGCCCUGGAGCAGAUGCUGAUGGAACUCGGAGUAGAUCUCAACCCUAUGCCCACAGAGGAGAUCGUGCAGAUGUUCAACGAGCUGCGAAGUGACCUAGUGCUGCUGUACGAGCUGAAACAAGCGUUUGCCAACUGCGAAUAUGAGCUGCAGAUGUUACGGCACCGCUAUGAGGCCCUGGCCAAAGCUGGGAGCAUUGGCCCCCUCAGCAUGGAAGGUGCCCAUCCGGAUGGCCAGACAGGGCUUGGCAUCGAGGAGGGCAAGGGAGAUACCAAGGACCAGAUCAUUGAUGUAGUAGGAGCACCACUGACCCCCAACUCGGUGAGAAGGAAGGUUGGGGGGGCAGAACAGGGAGCACUCAGGUCUCCGACGCAGAUGCCCUGA